AUGUGUUUAUCAGGGAGAUUUCAUCCAUAUGACUCUUGCAAGAUUGGUAUAGGUGGGUGCUUCAAUUGUGGCUUGCCUGGUCAUUUUACGAGGGAUUGCACAUGUGGGAAGAACCCAAGUGCGGGUCAGAGUCAGCACCAGGGGCGAGUUUUUGCUGUGAAUGCCAAGGAUGCUUCCAAGGCGGAUCCGUUGAUGAGAGGUAUUUGUUUAAUUGGUUAUAAGACCUUAAUUGCAUUGUAUGAUAAUGGGGCUUUGCAUUUAUUUAUUUCGUUUGCUAAAGUUGAGGAAUUAGGCUUGAAAGUCUCAGAGUUACCAUUUGAUCUGCAAGUACAUACUCCGCAUCAGACGGUCAUAACUAGGUCAGGUUGUAGACAAGUAGGAUUUAAACUUGACGGUAGAGACUUUGUGCACGAUUUGAUCUAUUUACCAAUGGUUGGGUUGGAGAUGAUUUUGGGGUUUGAUUGGUUGUCAAAGAAUCGGGUCUUGUUAGAUUGCUUUGAACGGACAAUUCAGUUUAUGCCGGAAGGAGAAAAUGGAGUAGUGGUAGAUGAAGGUUAUUAUGUGGACUCUGUAAUGGUGCACUGUAAUGGGGAAGAGUGUCAGGGUUAUAUCCUGUUGGCUGCUAAUGCAUUGGGUGAUGCCAGAACUUAG